AAUUAGUCAUCUAUUCCACAAUUUGUCAUCUAGCCGUAUUUCCUAAUUUGUUUGGGGAAUUUAAAGCUGUUUUUUUUUCCUCCACUGUUUCGUGGUUAGUUACCCAUCACUCAUUUUAAGCUUGACUUACAUUCCAUGGAUUAUGGAUAGCUCUUUAAGUUAUUAGCUUCAUCACAUUUAAAUCAUACACUUGAAAAACCCAAAAUCAUAUCUCUUUUGGUUUAUGAAUUUGAUGUUAUUUUAAUUGUGAUUAUAAUGGAUUUCAUAUCCCCAACUUGCUCCACCAAUUCAUCAUCUCCACUCUCCAUUACCCUUUUCUCUUCUCUUCCAAAAUCACUUGUUUUCAAGUCUAAAUUCAAUGCUCCAUUUACAAACCCAUCAAAAUCAUUUGUUAUUAGAGCAAAUGCAUUGCAAUUAAGCCAGAAUGAUAGUGGAAAUAGUAGAAAUAGUGCCUUAGAACAGCUUGACAUUGAACGUGGUGUCUGUGUGCCGUUUCGCAAGUAUUCGCCAGAAGGGGUAAGGAGCAAGGUAUUGGAAUCCAGAGGUUCGAUUUUGUCUUUGAUUCAACGGGGCAUUGAGAUAGUGUGGAACUUGGGUUUUUAUUGGGCUACACUUUCAUAUGAUUGUUUAGUUGGUAGAGAUGAAGAAGUUGUGCCUUAUCGAGCUAUGCAGCUAAGGAAUCUGUUAUGUGAUUUAGGGCCAUCGUUCAUCAAAGCUGGGCAGGUCCUUGCCAACCGUCCUGAUAUAAUAAGGGAAGAUUACAUGAAUGAACUUUGCAUUUUGCAAGAUGAUGUUCCACCAUUUCCCAACCAGGUUGCGUUCAAAAUUAUAGAAGAGGAACUCGGGCAGCCCCUUGAGGCAAUAUUCAGCAAAAUUUCAUCUCAGACAAUAGCGGCGGCAAGUCUGGGUCAAGUCUACCGAGCCACCCUUCGUGCUACAGGGGAAGACGUUGCUAUUAAGGUACAAAGGCCAAACAUCGAACCCAUAAUUUACCGAGACCUUUUUCUCUUCCGAACACUUGCGUCAUUUUUGAAUGGCAUCAGUAUACAAAAACUAGGCUGCAAUGCUGAACUGAUAGUUGAUGAGUUCGGGGAAAAGCUUUUGGAGGAGCUUGAUUACACCUUGGAAGCUCGUAACAUUGAAGAGUUUAUAGAGAACUUUAAAGAUGAUCCUACUGUUAAAAUUCCUAGAGUUUAUAAGCAGUACUCCGGUUCACAUGUUCUAGUGAUGGAAUGGAUUGAUGGAAUUCGUUGUACUGAUCCUCAGGCUAUUCGGGAAUCAGGCAUUGACAUGGAUGGAUUUUUGACUGUUGGAGUUAGUGCUGCCCUUCGGCAAUUGUUAGAGUUUGGGCUUUUCCACGGAGAUCCUCACCCUGGAAAUAUAUUUGCUAUGCAAGAUGGACGUAUUGCCUAUGUAGACUUUGGAAAUGUUGCUGUGCUGAGCCAGCAAAAUAAACAAAUUCUGAUAGAUGCUGUUGUCCAUGCUGUAAAUGAGGAUUAUGCUGAGAUGGCAAAUGAUUUCACGCGGCUGGGUUUCUUAGCAAAGGGGACCAAUGUGGCUCCUAUAAUACCUGCAUUAGAAGCCAUAUGGCAGAAUUCUCUUGGGAAAGGGCUAUCAGAAUUUAAUUUUAGAAGUGUCACAGGUAAAUUCAAUCAGCUGGUUUAUAAUUAUCCAAUCCGUAUUCCCGAAAGGUUUUCACUUGUCAUCCGGUCUCUACUUACACAAGAAGGCAUUUGUUUGUCUUUGGAACCGGAUUUCAAAUUCCUGGAGGUAGCUUACCCAUAUGUAGCAAAACGUCUUCUUACUGAUCCAAAUCCUGCUCUUCGUGAACGCCUUAUCCAGGUUCUAUUUAAAGAUGGAGUUUUCCAGUGGAAACGACUCGAAAAUUUGAUUGUAUUGGCGAAGGAAAAUGUUUCAAGGAUGAGCAAUACUCCUGCAUUGCAACUUAGAAACUCGCAAGGGAACGGAAGAGCAGGAAGCAAGUUGAAGUUGGACCUCACGGACACCAUCAAGGACGGCACACGACUGGUCCUGCUUGAUGAGGGGAUUCGUAGACAACUAGUUCUUGCUUUGACUGAAGAUUCAAAGCUUCAUAUACAGGAGCUUUUAGACGUGUAUCGGUUGCUUGAGGAUCAAAUAGAUGCACCCACAGUUGCUUCGCAAGUUGCUCGAGAUUUACCAAAUAUGGCACGAGAUAUUUUGCUUUCUUGGAGUAAUUCAGUUUUGUCCGACUGAGAUAUCGGAAGCUUGCUAGUGCAUCCAUAUUAUUUCUUAAAUUAGGGAAGAAAUUUUAAGCCUCAUCGAGUUUGUAAAGGGUUAAUUAAAUUUUGUAUUCAACAUUUGUAUUAUAUGUAUACAUUAUAGGCUGAGACUACAAUUUUGGCAUUGUAUAUAUCGGAUAUUGGGUGCUCAACAAAAGUAUAUGAAAAUCCAUUUUUGUGUCCGGCA